AUGACUGAUUAUAUGAGUAGAGAUGAGUUAUCAGAUGAAGAAAAUAUUGCUCAACUAGCCUUGCUUGCUUAUUGUGAUCCAAUCACCUUUGAUGAUGUUAUGAGAAGUUCAAAAUGGAGGAAAGCUAUGGACUUAGAGAUUGAAGCAAUUGUAAUGGAUAUACAAGACAUGCUCAAGGAAAAUGGAGAAGUUGACAAAUACAAAGUCAGGUUAGUGGCAAAGGGUUACACACAAGAAUAUGGAAUAGACUAUGCCAAAGUUUUUGCACAUGUGGCUAGACAUGAUACAAUUCAAUUGGUGGUGUCAUUGGGAGAAGAACAUAAGGUGUACAAAUUAAAGAGGGCUUUAUAUGGACUGAAACAAGUUCCUCGAGCUUGGUACAGUCGUAUUGAGUCUUACUUCACAAAGAUGGGCUUCAAGAAGGGUCCUUACGAACACACCUUAUUCAUCAAGCAUGGAAAUGGAGAUGAUCUUAUAAAUACUGGGAAUGAUGAGACAAUGUCUGUUGAAUUUAAGAAGGAUAUUAUUGUUGAAUUUGAGAUGGCAGAUCUAGGAAAGAUGCAUUAUUUCCUAGGUAUGGAAGUUAAGCAAACAGCUGAUAGGAUUUUUGUUGGGCAAAAGAAGUAUGCUCAACAAGUGCUUGAUAAGUUUCAAAUGAGUGAGUGCAAUUCAGUACAAAAUCCUAUUGUUCCAGGAGUUAAGCUGACUAGACACAUUAAUGGCACAAAGGUUGACAACACAUAUUUCAAGCAUAUGGUGGGAAGUCUGAUAGAUGUAUUUAUGGUGAUAACUGGGCGGCCUGAGCUAUGUGCAGAGCCGUAUGAUUUGAUUUACACAGGAAAUGAUAAGGCAAUGAUUGAUGCUUUUAAGCAAUCCAUGAUGAAAGAGUUUGAUAUGAGUGACCUUGGAUUGAUGCAUUAUUUUUUAGGAAUCGAAGUAGAGCAAAUUGCUGCAGGUGUUUUUAUUUCACAAAAGAAAUAUGCUCAAAUGAUUUUGGACAGAUUUGAGAUGAAGAAUUGCAAUUAUGUCUCUACUCUAACUAAAUAUGGAUUGAAGCUAUUGAAGCAUCCUGGAGGAAAGAAAAUUGACAGCACUUUUUACAAGCAAAUUAUGGGCAGCCUCAUGUACUUAACAACAACUAGACCUGAUAUGAUGCAUGCUACGAGGGGGGGAGAGGAAGUCGGAGCAGAUGCCAAGGGAGAUGAGGGUUUGGGAGAUCUUGUGAGCGACAAAGCCAAACUUGACAACACUGAAGAAGAAGACGAUGGUGUGGAGACUGGGUGGCUGGGGAAGGCGGUUGGUGGCUGGGUUUGUGAGGCACAUCUGCCACGUCAUUAUUUAAUGUCUCUCUUGACGGAAUUAGUAACAAAGGGUGUAUUUUGA